AUGACAGAAUCGUACACGAUGUCGCCGUCGACGACGGUGUCUUCCAGUGCGGCGACAACGCCGGGCUGCCUAGGAUCGCCGGCUCACCGACGGACGCCUUGCCGUGGCUCCUCUCCCGGUCGAGGCGGCGACGUUCAGGACGACGAGGACGAGAUCUCGGUUGGCUGCCCGAGCCCUUUGCCCCUUGUCGUCGUUGCACCCAGCGUCGCGGAGGAGGACGAGAGACUGCUGUCGCAGUCGAGGGAAGAGUACGUGGACAGAUUGAGCCCGCGAAGAAGCUACCCGAGGGAUUCCGUCUCGAUCGAAGACGAGGACAGUUACUCCCGCAGUGGCGACUACAGGAUGAUGUCGAACGGAAGAGGGCUGCGCGCCCGCGAGAGCAGCGGCGGCGAUUCCGUGACCACGUUAAGGGACGAGGAGGAGGACGAAGAGGACGACGAGGAAGUGAACAGUAGGACUAGCAGUAACGGUGCCACUGCGGCCGGUGCCGCGGACGAUUACUUCAAGCCGUUGAAACGUCUGAAGAUGGUGCAGAUGCAGCACUCGGACGAAGAGGACGACAGAGGGGAUCGGGACACGAACGAACGAGGGGUGAAGUCUUUCAGUAUUCUCGAUAUUCUGUCGCAUCGACCCAAGGCGAAAAUCGUACGUCCGUGGGACACGGUCGAGUCGAAUCUCAACCACCAUCAUCGCCAUCAUCUUCAGCAACAGCAGUCCCAUCAUCAACAACACCACUUGCAUCAUCAUCACCAUCAUCAUCAUCAUCACAAUCAUUCCACGGCGCCGAGGGAUCUCUCUUUGAUGGGUAUGUCCUUGGCGUCCAUGUCGGCCGGCUCUAUCAGCGAGCCACCUCUCAGCAGCUCGUCCUCGUCUGGGAGAAGCUCCGUCUCCGAUUCCGGAAGUCCUGACCCGCUGGGCCAUCAUCAUCACAGUUUGCAUCAUGGUAUACACCCUGGCUUGCAUCAUCCGGUGUUGCAACAACAGCAGCAACAGCAGCAGCAGCAGCAACAGUUUAAAAGGAAAACGUCGCAACAGCACGGUUCCCAGAGCGGCGGUCACCACGGGAAGAGGACAACGGGACAGGGAAGUCCCCUGGACGCGUUGUUCCAAAUGACCAGCAAAACGUUCGACGCCGGCGAGCAUAGUCAAGGUGAGCUCUUACGUUUGCACGUAACAAGCUGGCGAUUUUCACGCAACGCGUAUGAGCUAUCGUCUCGAGAACAGGUGCGCGAGAUAUCACCAUAG